AUGAACGAUAUCAGCGAAGGGGACGACAAUGACAACGAUGACAACGUACCUGGGCCGCCCAAGCGUAGGAACGAUGCAAAAUUGAAGCCUUCUGGCCAUGCUUCAUUACAUUUCUCGCCCAUUGCCUGUUCCACAGCCCAAUUCCCAUGGCAUCAUCCCACCCCAUCUCCAACAAUCACACCUCUGGCUCACACAAGCGCCCCAGAUUGGACAGAUGGGCUGCUGUUCCCCAGAGCCGGUCCCCUCCAGACGACUACAGCUACCACCCAAGCCCCAUCCCCUUCAGCGGAGGCCAAUAGCGAGGGUACAGACAGCACAGGCCACGCGGAUCCUCACACCAACAGCGUCACCCAUCCUCAAGUUCACAAUACGCACCCUUCUUGGGCCAUACCCCUCCACCACCCUCGUUCGUCCCUCUCCAAUCCGACUUCAAUCCGCCCCCACACUCUUCUACUCGUUCCUCGGGUUUUGGACGCCCACCUCCGCCCAAGAGCGCGGGUAGCUCUAUCUCUUCCAAUCACGAUAGCGGAAUGCACACCCACCACCAAUUGCGCUAGGGUCCUCCCAGUGGCGGGGGUAGUGGUGGAGAUGGAGGCCGACAACGAGCUUUUCGCUGCUUUUAUUGAUGGGAACGAACCUUCAGGCGGUGGGAGACCAAACACUGGUGGAACGGGUUUGGACUGGCUUGUCCACGGACCAGCCUCGAAUGCACCUAAUCCAGUACCCAACCCGCCUCCCUCAUCUUCAUCUACACCCUCAGUUGGAGCCAACAAGUCGGGAAACGGGGGAGGCAACUGGCUGGACUUACUCUCUGGCAAUUACCCUACUACUCCAUCUGGCAACCUCGGCAACACGGGCACGUCCUGGGAGCGUGGAGACCGCGUUUCUGGUGGUGGUCACUGA